AAUCAAACCUGGUAGAAAGCAGGUGUGAAUGGGCGAAUACACCGCUUUGCUGUCGGAGCUACUAAUAGUGCUCAGCUGUGACAUCGCAUGACGCCCAUUCUCAAGCCACAUAUAGAAUACGAGGUCCAGCAUCGCAGCUGCAGGCUUGGCCAACUCUUAUUUUCGCCUAGCCUCGCGGGAGUUGCAACUCCAUGGGUAACAUGAUUGGAGAACCAGGCAAACAUCAUGCUGCUCGAUGAAUGCAAAUUGCAAUGGCUCACCCAAGCUGAGAGGCAGAUCCCCGCACACCGCACAGGCGGCCUAGAAAUAGACAUCGUACCCUCCCACGGCGACGUGUUGAUGGGCCCAGUUCCCCGCGUCUCUCCCACAUCGACCAGGCCGCUCAGAAACAAGAGGGAACAGCAAGGGCAUACAAUGGCCGUGAAAUACACCUCGUCCAUCCUAGCGAUCAUCGUCGCGCUCGCCCACCCAGGCAUGAGCUCGCCUGCCUGCCCUGCCAAAUCAUCAAGCACCACAGUACAGUCAACCACAUCGACAUCAACCACGCCGGGCCCAGACACGCUGCCAGCAUCAUGCACCUACCGGCCAACAGCAACAUGGUACGCCACCAGCGGGUGUGACAUACCGUGCCCUACCUCGCCCCUCUGUAUCGCAGACAACUUCGUCGUGGUGCCCUGUGGAUGCACCCGCGCCGCUGUAAGCCCAACGACCAUCACCAUCUGCCCGACGAAGGCGCCCUGCAACCAGUGCAUGACUGGCUGGGGCAUCGCGACUAUUACCGAAUCCAACUGCCCGCCGACCGCAACUGCCACCACGAGUACGGCUUAGCGGGUGGGACGGAUGACGACGGGAAUUGUGGGUUUUUACGAGCCGUGGCGGAUGGCAAUUGCCGGGCAAAGGAAGCACUUUGUUGUCUGGAGUGGGGCUUCGUCGGCGGUUGGAUUAAG